UCCCCACGUUUCCUUGUUCUUGGCCCAUGCAUACCUUCAAGCUCAAACCUUCAGGCUGAAAAUCGCCGUAACUUUCCGACCGAUUCACCUGAGACGAGUUCUACCUGAAUCUCCAUCUCUGGCAGUAACUGCAGCUAGACGUAGCUGCCAUGGAGGUGAAGGAAGAACAGACCAAGUGGCAUUUGCAUAGUGGACAAUACCUUGGAGAAAUCUCCGCUCUAUGCUUCCUCCAUUUACCUCCUCAAAUUUCCUCUCUCCCAAUUCUCCUCGCAGGGUCGGGUUCCGAGGUACUGACGUAUAACUUGGAAUCUGGGAGGAUGAUUGAAUCGUUUCGGGUAUUUGAAGGGAUUCGCGUUCAUGGGAUUUCAUCUAUCUCUUUGAAUUCCAGUGAAACACCGUAUUCUACUAAGGUUGAUUUCGUACUCGUUGUUUUUGGUGAAAAAAGAGUCAAGCUAUAUCGUGUAAGCGUUGAAAUGAUUGCUGAAGUUUGUCUGAACCUGGUUCCGUUAUGUUCUUUGCCGAGGUUCAAUAAUUGGGUCUUGGAUGUUUGCUUCUUGAAGAGCAGUGACUCUUCUUCCUCCACAGGUAGUGAUAGCUGCGGUUAUAUUGCCAUUGGAUGCAGCGAUAACUCUGUUCAUGUUUGGGAUACUUGUGAAUCUAGAAUGAUUCUUAAAGUUGAAUCACCAGAGAGGUGCCUCUUGUACUCGAUGCGGUUGUGGGGUGAUGAUAUUGAAACUCUUCGAGUUGCAUCUGGUACUAUUUUUAACGAGAUAAUUGUUUGGGAAGUGGUUCCUUCAAAAGAUACUAAGAAAGAUCAUGAUGAAAAGAGUAAUGACAUUCAAUUUCACCAUUUAAAAUAUGAGGCAAUUCAUAUAAGUAGGCUUGUUGGACACGAGGGUUCAAUCUUUCGCAUUGGUUGGUCCUCUGAUGGAUCCAAACUGGUGUCUGUUUCUGAUGAUCGUAGUGCUCGCAUCUGGAGGCUAAAUGAAAAAGGGAGUGAUGCAGAUAACCCCGGGGAGGUUACUGUGCUGUUUGGCCAUAAUGCUAGAGUUUGGGACUGCUGUAUCUAUGAUUUGUUGAUAAUCACAGCCGGUGAGGAUUGUACGUGUCGUGCAUGGGGAAUAGAUGGCAAACAACUGGAGACGAUAAAGGAGCAUAUAGGCAGAGGCGUAUGGAGAUGUUUGUAUGAUCCAAUAUCAUCUCUUCUUAUUGCUGCUGGCUUUGAUUCUUCUAUUAAAGUGCAUCGGCUAAACACUUCUUUAUCUGUGACCUCCAAUGAACCUGCUGAAAGUGCAGAGGUUUUCACUAGUUGUAUUCCAAAUUCAUUUGAUCAUAACGGACGUAUGGACAGUAAAAGUGAGUAUGUGCGCUGCUUACAGUUCUCGUCUGAACUUACACUCUAUGUUGCCACCAACCGUGGUUAUCUGUAUCGUGCCACAUUAUCUGAUACCAUGGAUGUAAUUUGGACCAAACUUGUGCAAGUUAGCGAAGAGGUUCCGAUUGUUUGCAUGGAUUUAUUAGCCCCAAGUCCGUCUGAAGUUUCCUGCGGAGAUGAGGAUUGGGUUGCUCUUGGAGAUGGUCAAGGAAGAAUGACAGUUGUAAAAGUUCUACGCAAUUCAAAUGCCCCUAAACCUGACAUCUCAUUUAACUGGUCAGCUGAAAUGGAGAGACAGCUGUUAGGAACCUUUUGGUGCAAGUCACUUGGAUUCAGGUACAUAUUUACUGCUGAUCCUAGAGGCGUAUUGAAACUCUGGAGGUUAUAUGAUCAUGUAUCAGGUUCUCAGAAUGGCAAAAAUUAUAAUGCGUCUCUUAUGGCAGAAUAUAUAUCAUGCUUUGGCAUGAGGAUCAUGUGUUUGGAUGCGUCAUUUGAGGAAGAGAUUGUGGUGUGUGGUGAUGUACGUGGCAAUCUUAUUCUAUUCCCUUUAUCAAAGGACCUAUUACUUGAUAGUCCAAUUACAACAGGAGUAAAGAUAAUUCCAACCUGUUAUUUCAAAGGAGCUCACGGUAUAUCAACUGUUACAAGUGUUGUAAUAGCCAGAUUGGAAUCAUGUGAAACAGAAAUACACUCGACUGGAGCAGAUGGAUGCAUAUGUCACAUGGAAUAUGUCAAACUCAAAGACCAGAAAGUUUUGGAGUUCAUAGGGAUGAAACAAGUUAAAGAGUUGACUUCAGUGCAGUCUCUCUUCUAUGAUCAAAAUUCUUCUCUUGAUUUGACAAGCAAUCUUUAUGCAACUGGCUUUGCAUCCACAGAUUUCAUUGUGUGGAACUUAAUUACUGAAGCAAAGGUAUUACAAAUUCAAUGUGGUGGAUGGCGGCGUCCUUAUUCUCAUUAUCUUGGUGACAUACCAGAACUUAAGAAAUGUUUUGCAUAUGUCAAGGAUGAAAUGAUCUAUAUUCAUCGCUAUUGGUUUUCAGACAGUGAAAGAAAAGUAUUUUCUCAAAAUUUGCACGUACAAUUCCAUGGCAGAGAGUUGCAUUCUUUGUGCUUCAUACCUGAAAACUGUGCACCUAAAGUUGACAACAAGCAUAUCAUCUCAUCCAGAUCUAGCUGGAUUGCAACUGGCUGUGAAGAUGGAACUGUGAGGAUGACUAGGUAUACUCCUGACACCAAUAAUUGGUCUGCUUCAAAUUUACUCGGGGAGCAUGUUGGGGGAUCAGCUGUGAGAUCCAUAUGCUACAUAUCAAAAGUACACUUGAUUUCAUCAGAUGAGACUAUUGUACCUGAUGUAAAAGAUAUACAAGAAUCCGACUCAGACGAUAGGGAAGAUCCUAUUUUGCUAAUUUCAGCUGGUGCGAAGCGGGUGUUAACUUCUUGGCUACAGAAGCAUAGGAAGCUGGAGAAAAUGGAACGCACAAAUGGUUGUUUACAACAUAAUGGCGAAAUUAGUUGCGAGCCCUCUGGAUUUGUCUCAUCAAUUUCCUUCAAGUGGCUUUCUACUGAUAUGCCAACCAAGAAUUCAACUUUCCAUAGAAAUUCAUUCAAUACAAGGAAAGAUGAAGCCACGGUUGCGUCUAGCAUAAAUCCAGAUGCUGAAUCCAAAUUUCUUCAAGAAAAAGAGGAGUUGAGGCUUAAAUCUUUCUCCAUAGAAAAAUAUGAAGAUGACUGGCGAUACAUGGCUGUUACUGGCUUUCUCGUUAAACAUCUUAAUUCAAAGUUUACUGUCUGUUUCAUCGUUAUUGCAUGUUCAGAUGCCACACUUUCACUUCGAGCUCUAAUUUUACCCCAUCGAUUAUGGUUUGAAGUUGCUUCACUGGUUCCUGUGGGAUCACCAGUUUUGACGUUACAGCACAUAAUUUUUCCGAAAUUCUAUCCUAAUGGAGUUGGAGAAACUUUGGCUGGGAAUGUUUACAUCGUCAUUAGUGGAGCCACCGAUGGAAGUAUUGCAUUUUGGGAUCUGACUGGAACUAUUGAAGUAUUCAUGAAACGUCUCUCUACUCUUCAUCAGGAAACAUUCAUUGAUUUUCAGAAACGGCCUCGUACAGGAAGAGGAAGCCAGGGUGGCAGACGGCGGAGAUCUUUAAGUACCGUGACCAAAGGUCGACCAAUAAAAGAUUUGGUUACUAAGAAAGGUGCAGACAAUGCCAACUUAAGCAUAAAAAAUCAAGAUCCUUACGAAAGCUCAUCCAAAGUGGACAUAUCCAUAGCCGAUACAGCUUGCUCUCAACCUGUUUGUUCUACCUCUUCUGAACUAAUUUUAAGCACCAGCAAUUCUUCCUCUGAGACGAGUGAAAUACAGCCUAUUCAUGUUCUAACCAAUGUCCAUCAAUCUGGCGUGAAUUGUCUCCAUGUAGCGGCUGUGAACGGUUCUGAAUGUGUUAACAACUGUUUCUUGUACCAUGUAAUCAGUGGUGGUGAUGAUCAAGCACUUCAUUGUCUUACGUUCGAUUUAUCAUUGCUCUCCGAAAGCCCUAGUUCUGAGAUAAUGGAAUCUGAAUCAGAAUGUAUAAAGAGGUUUAUACUUCAAAGUGAAGACUGUAAUCAUAAAUAUAUGGUUAGGUUCCUCAGGUCUCACAAAAUUGCAUCAGCUCACAGCUCUGCUAUAAAAGGUGUCUGGACAGAUGGGAUUUGGGUGUUUUCAACCGGUCUUGAUCAAAGGAUCAGGUGUUGGAAACUCGAGGCACAGGGGAAAAUGGUUGAGUAUACUUACUUGAUCAUUACUGUGCCAGAACCGGAGGCCAUUGAUGCUAGAGUCUGUGACAGGAACCAUUAUCAAAUUGCUGUAGCUGGAAGAGGCAUGCAAAUUAUUGAGUUUCUACAUUCUGCGAUGCUGGCAGAAGAUAAAAAUAGGAAAAUAUCUUGAUAUGCGUGAGCUUGUAAAUUUAAUUACAGGGGAAAGGGAACAUAUUACCCCUCAGAACAAUACUACAUGCCCCACAACCAGGUACUCCUCACCUUCAAAAAGACUCCUAGGCCCCAUGAUCCAACUAAAUCUGUACCCCUGUGCCUGCCCCGGGCUCUUCCUCUUUCUUACAGGUUUCACCCAAUAGCUGGCAUUCACCCGUACUACACGUAAACCAAAUAUUUGAUUACACAUAACUGAGCUUCCAGCCCGUGCUCUUUCCCUUGUGAGUUGUUAUUCAGUGGGUCCAUGACUCUUCUCUGUCUUUCUUCCCUUCAUUUUUCUAUGGCCUUGAAUGAAUCUAGUUGGGGCCUAUCAACAUGCUUUAAGAAUCUUUCCAUACUGGGGAUUAUGCAUCUUGUCUCUUUUCGAAACGGUAACAGUAGUCUGAUGUUCUGAGAGCAAAAAUCAGAAAGCUUUCCUUAUUGUGUUUUAUUAGUAUCUGUGUGAUUUGUAGCUAAAUAUGAGUUGGGAGUAAAUUAUGAUUCUAAAUGGUCACAUGGCUAAAAGAAUUUUGAUCAAUAAUUUAAUCCCUUUUGUUAUAUUUGGUUAGUUCAUGGAGAUUGAUAAGAUAUGUGGACGCUCAACUUUGAGCUGCAUAUGGCCUUGUCUGUUCUUUUAAAGGAUAAAUAAAGCAGCAAUUUGCUCGA